UCAAGAAAAUUCAUAAACACAUGUGGUCACCUUUAUAGCCAGUGUCACCUGAAAAUUAAAGGAUGAGCCACAAGAUGGUCACAAAAGUAAUAAAAGGCGGCUAAGAAGAAAAGAAUUUUUGCAGUCAAUAACUCUGCCUCCCAUUCUGCUACUUCUCUUUUUCCCUCUUAUAUACCAUCACUCAAUUCCCCAGCUUUUUGAUUAGUCUCUAUAUUAAUGUAGUCUGGAGAAUUUCUUCACAUUGUUUUCUAUCAGUUUAGGCCGAAAGAGGACACAACUAUGGGAGAAACUGAGGUGAUAAUGCCUAGCUACAGCGCCGCGGCUUUCCCAUUGUUCACUGCUCCUUCCUCACCUGCACGUAUAGAGGAUUACUACUUCAGCACUCCCGCGAGUCCAGGGCAGAUAUCUCAGUUUUACCAGGAGCUUGAUGAGUUCUUGAUCAACAAUAGCAUGGUCAGUGAUGUUAGAAGAAAUAGUGUUUCUUUAGCUGUGCCGUUUGAUUGGGAGGAAAAGCCAGGAAUAGCUAAAUCAGUAGUGAAGAUGAACAAGAACCAUUGUGAAGAUGAUUUUGCUUUUGAUGUAAGCCAGGAGCUGGACACGGGCUCCCUCUCGGCUGAUGAGCUUUUUGAUGGUGGCAAAAUUAGGCCACGGCCUCAUUUUUCCACUGAAAGAAGCGCGAGAGCUGAAAAAUCAGGAGAUAGUGAAAUCAGGGGAAGAGAGAGAUCAGUAUCUUCAUUGUCUUCGUCAAGGUCAGGGCACAGAUCAACAAGAUCACUCUCCCCUAUGCGGGUUUCUGAAUAUCCGUGGGAAGAAGAACAUCGACUGCAACAGAAGAAUCACCAGAAAAACUCAAAAGAACCCUCUUCGGCUUCAAAGCCAAGUUUAAUAUCAUCUGUUUCCGCUCUCUCUUCUUCUUCCCUAAAAGGCCUCAAGAAGUGGAAAUUGAAGGACUUUUUCUUGUUCCGAAGUGCAUCAGAAGGACGUGCAUCAAAUAAAGCAGAUCCAAUAAAGAAGUACGCCUCUUUGUUUAAGAAACAUGAUGAUAUUAAGAGCUCAAGUUUUAGGUCCAUAGAUAAUAAUUCAGGAACUUCAACAUCCAGAUCAAAAAGAAAGGGACCAAUAUCCGCUCAUGAGUUGCAUUACACGAUGAACAGGGCAGUGGCAGAGGACAUGAAAAAGAAAACGUUCUUGCCUUACAAACAAGGUAUUCUGGGACGUUUGGCCUUCAAUCCUGCGGUUCAUGCAAUUGCAAAUGGCUUUGGAUUUUCGCGGAGAUGAAUUUUCCCUGCUUAACAUGUGUAUAGGAGUUUGAUGUUCCUGGAUAUGUCAAAACCAGAGAUUUCACUUAGCAGUAUUAUUAUGCGAGAUCUUGUUGUGCAGUUAAAAGGAGUGCUAUGAAACAGCAUAAAUUUAAGCUGAUCAUCUGCACUUUUAGAUUUAUUUAGAUUUAUAUCAUAGUGUUGUACAACAACAUUUGCAGAUUCAUUGUCACGGCAGUUAUUUGAUUAGGAACUGCAUGUAUUGAUUUUUUAUUCUGGUAUCCUAUAGAAAAUUUGUGGGGUGUA